GUCCGCACUCGACGGCGAGUGGGGGGGGAAGAACACGGCGAAGUGGGCACCGGCCGGGAAACACAGUAGAGGAUCUUGACCGACUCGGUGUACGGAACAGGUUUCCGGACAGAUCGGAGGUGGUGGAGCUAGUGAAGACGCUUUCUCCGGUGAAGGGGACUGGGUUUUACUAUGAUAAGACUCGAUAAAUUUCACAUAAUUUCACAUAAAUAGGAUUGAAGGAAGACCUACUAGGGAUAAGACACAUAGUGCUAAAGAGAGAGCCAAAAAGGGAUCUUGCUCGAAAAUCUGAGAUAGGGGGCUGCGGUGCCAACAUAAAGGGAACCGGAAACUUCAAACCCUUCUCGCGAUUUCAGCAUUUCAUAUUGGCUCUCACUUCUCAGCCAAUCGGUGAGAAUGCAACGGCCAUUGGUGAAAUCUACUGUGCUGUCACUCUCUAGAAUUUCUAACGUGGUGCAUGUAAGCAGUGGUGCUAUCUGCCUUCUGUGCUAUCGAGUUUCAAGUUUUGCUGGAAUAAGUCCUGAAUCUGAAAACCAUAAGAUAUCCGAGAAUCUUGGGGGACUAAGGUGGAAUACACUUCCAAUUCCCCACAGAACACAUCCUGAACCAAGAGGUCAAGACCUUGAUCUUGUCAUGGUUAUGCAUAGCCACCUUAUUCAAUCUGACUGGGAUAAGCUUGAUCAGUUAUCAACCCAUUUCGAUUCAUUCAGGGUUAAGAGUGUGCUACUGAAAAUCCAGAAAGAUCAUGUUCUUUCCCUUGAAUUCUUCAACUGGGUGAAACCUAGAAACCCAGGUUCCUGUUCUCUUGAAAUCCAUGCCAUAAUUCUUCACAUUCUCACGAAGAACCGGAAAUUCAAAUCCGCAGAGUCCGUUUUAAGGGGCAUUCUCAAAACCGGUGAGACAGAUUUUCCUGAAAAACUGUUUGAUACUAUCCUGUAUUCUUACCGGACAUGUGAGUCUUCGCCUCGUGUAUUUGAUUCGUUGUUCAAAACUUAUGCCCAUUUAAAGAAAUUCAGAAAUGCCACUGAUACCUUUGUGCAUAUGAAGGAUUAUGGGUUUUUGCCUACUGUGGAGUCAUGCAAUGCAUACCUGAGUUCUCUGCUUGAUGGAGGGAGGGUGGACAUUAUGCUUCGGUUUUAUCGGGAAAUGAGGCGAUGUAAGAUAUCCCCAAAUGUAUACACUCUGAAUAUGGUCAUGUCUGCUUAUUGUAGAUCUGGGAAACUCGAUAAGGGUGUGGAAUUGCUUCAAGACAUGGAGAGAUUGGGUUUCGUGCCGACAAGUGUGUCCUAUAACACCUUGAUAGCAGGGCACUGUGACAAAGGACUUUUGAGCUCAGCUUUGAAGCUUAAGAACUUAAUGAAAAAGAGUGGCCUGCAGCCUGAUGUGGUUACAUUUAACACUCUCAUCCAUGGAUUUUGCCGAGACGGAAAAUUGCAAGAAGCUAGUAAAGCUUUCACCGAGAUGAAAGUCGAGAAUGUGGGUGCCAACACUAUAACCUAUAACACUUUGAUUAAUGGGUACAGCCAACAGGGCAACUAUGAAAUGGCGUAUCGGCUUUAUGAAGAGAUGGUCAGCAACGGGAUUAAGCGUGACAUUUUGACGUAUAAUGCAUUGAUAUUGGGACUCUGCAAGCAAGGUAAGACAAGGAAAGCUGCUUAUGUCGUUAAAGAACUGGAUAAGGAGAACAUGGUGCCAAACUCAUCAACCUUCUCAGCGCUGAUAAUGGGACAAUGUAUGAGGAGAAAUGCUGACCGCGCUUUCCAGCUGUACAAAAGCAUGAUUAGGAGUGGUUGCCACCCGAAUGAGGAUACAUUCAACAUAUUAAUCUCUGCCUUCUGUAGUAAUGAGGAUUUUGAUGGAGCUGCUCAGGUUUUGAGGGAAAUGACCAAAAGAUCAAUUUCUCCCGAUGCAGAAGUUGUAAAUGAGAUCCGUGAUGGACUUAAGCGUCAUGGGAGUGAUCAACUUACGGAAGAGUUGCUGAGGGCGAUGGAAGCAAAACACACGAUUGAGAAAAAUGGCACGAUAAUCGAACAAAGCACUUCAGGAGCUCAUCGAGGUUGAUAUAUAUAGUCUGCAAGAACAGAAGCUCCUCGGAAGUGGUUCGGGCUUGCAAGAAUCAGUAUCAAAUAAUUAAUCAAAACUCUAUAUCCUACGCCUGCCAACAGUUCAUGGAUGGUGAGUUUGUUUACUUGUCUUUUCAUUACAGGCUCAAUGCAUGUGUAUGGCCAUGAAUGUAUGUUUUCCUUUGAUUCUGUAGCAACCUGAUCUCUCUCUCUCCUUUUGGAGAGAGAGAGAGAGAGAUGUCAUUUUUCACUGGAAGAAGUAAGUGGACACACACAUGAUACCA